UGAGGCAACCUAUAAAAGCAGCUGUGGGCUGAGUCCUGUGGUACAACUGCGGAGCAUCAACGGGGGUUUGGAGACUUAAAAACGGACCAAAGAAUUUUUCGUAUUUAUUGUUUAUCUUCUUGAGAGCUGACAGCAAGACUAUCGGCAGCAUGGAUAUAACCAUCACUAUGCUGAAUGGCAUGUCCCGAACCCUGACUGUGGACCCGAUGACCACGGUGGCCUCUCUAAAAUACCUCAUCCACGACCAGCUGGGAGUUCCACCUGACAGCCAGAAGCUGCACUUUGACAAUGGCCACACAACUCCUCUCAAUGAUGAUUCGAAGCCUGUGAGCUACUACGGCCUGCAACAUGGAUCCAGAGUGUCUCUGCUGGUGACUGAGCCGAAGCCGCCCACUGUCCUCCAGAUUUUGGUCCAAAACGAAAAGGGGCAGACCAAGACCUAUGAUGUCAAAGCCAAUGAGCUGGUGAGCAACUUGAAGAAAAAGGUUCAGUGCAAAGAGGGGGUUCCUGUGGACCAACAGAGGCUGAUUUACGAAGGCAAGCAAAUGGAGGACUGUGAACUGCUGUCGUACUAUAACGUCAAACAUUUGACCACCAUCCAGAUGACGCUCCGCCUGAGAGGAGGAUCUCAGCCUUGUCAAAACACUGAGUGUUCAUUUGCCUACUAUUAGCCAAAAUUAAAGAGCUUUUUUUUUUAUUAUUUAAAAAA